AUGGUAUACUUCAUUUACGUCGUCUUAGCAGCGUCUAUCGUCACCAAGAGUGGCAAAGUUAUCAUCUCUCGUCAGUUCCGCGAAUUGCAACGUUCUCGCAUUGAAGGGCUUUUGGUGUCGUUCCCUAAAUUGACGAGCUCAGGACAACAGCACACGACUAUCGAGACAGAGCAUGUCCGUUAUGUCUAUCAACCCCUGGAGGAACUCUUCAUGGUCUUGAUUACCAACCGUCAGUCCAAUAUCCUGCAAGACAUUGAAUCGUUGCACUUGUUUGCACGCGUGGUCACCGACACUUGCCGUUCGUGUGAUGAGCAAGACAUCCUUCGCAAUGCAUUCGAGUUAUUGUGUGCAUUUGACGAAAUCAUCUCUGAAGGCUACAGAGAAAACGUCAACUUGUCACAAGUCAAGAGCAUCAUUGAAAUGGAGAGUCACGAAGAAAGAAUUCAGGAAAUCAUUGCCAAGAACAAAGAACAAGAGGCAAAGGAAGAAUUAAAGAGAAGAGCGAAACAGUUUGAGAUGCAAAGAAAGGAAGCCUCCAAACGUGGCCAAGGGUUCAUGCAAGGCAACUUUAGUUCCACCAACAACUUUAACGGCGGUAGAUUCUCGCCAUCUUUGGAACCAACCGUUCAAACCGUUACAGAAACCCCCAGCUAUGUCGGACGAUCAUCCACGCCGCCUGCCUCCAAAGCAAGAGGCAUGCAACUGGGUCGUAAACCAAAGACCGCCGAUCUUUUUGAAGCCAUGAAAACUGAGGUAGAAGAACCACUGCUUAAAUCCUCUUCUUCCUCUUUCUCGGGCGUAAGCAGUGCCGUGAACAAGAAUCAUGAAAGCGUUCACGUCACUAUUGAAGAACAUGUUUCAAUGACGGCCAACAGAGAUGGUGAUUUGGAACAACUGGAAGUGAAGGGUGUGUUGACAUUGAGAGUAGCAGAUCCAAACAACGCGCGCGUACGUCUUGCGCUCCGUUCAGCAGAUGACAGUGCUAUUCAAUUCAAGACCCAUCCCAACGUAGAUAAGGUGGCCUUCAAAAAUGAAAACGUGGUUCAAAUGCGAGAUCAAUCAAGACCUUUCCCAUUGAACGAGAACUUGAAGGUAGUCAAGUGGAAAUAUACCACUCAAGACGAAACAGCGGUGCCACUAAUAAUCAAUUGCUGGCCUUCACCUGCUGGUAAUGGUCUUUGUGAUGUGAAUAUCGAAUACGAACUGGAGUCAGAUCACUUGGAAUUGCACGACGUCGUUAUUUCUAUCCCCUUCCCUGGCGAGCCAUCAGCCAAUGUAAAAAACGUGGAUGGCAACUACUUUAUCGAUCGUCAGCGACGUGUCCUCGAAUGGCAAUUGCCUCUUAUCAAUAGUUCGAACAAGUCUGGAUUACUUGAAUGCAGUAUUCCUGCUGAUGAUGUGACGGGCUUCUUCCCUGUGAUGGUUGCGUUUGUGAGCGAACGACUGAUCUGCGAUGUCGAUGUGGUGAGCGUCGAGAAUUUAGAGACACAUUCGCCAAUCACCUUUUCCAAGGAAGUGAUGCUUGCUGCGGACGAUUACACCAUUGGUUAA